AUGUCGAUAAGCAGCGUUCCCCAGUUCAAGCUCAAUAAUGGGAAGAAGGUGCCAGCAAUUGGGAUUGGAUGUUGGAUGGGCACUGUCGGCGACAGCCACCAAGUUACAGAAAUGGUUCUAAAUGCUUUACGAUUGGGCUAUAGACUCAUAGAUACAGUGAGCCCUUUCGACCUGUCAAAAAAUCUAUGGAACGAGCGGUCUGUCGGUCAAGCAAUUCGCGAAUCCAAUGUUCCUCGUUCUGAACUCUUCUUGGUCACCAAGCUUUCGAGCGAGGAUCACGGUCGCCCGGAAGAAGCUCUCCAACAUAGCUUGGACCGGCUUUGUGUGGAUUAUGUCGAUCUAUACCUAAUGCAUUGGCCGCAGGCUUUCGACGCUGCUCAUGAUCGAUAUUGCUCUCCAGAGGAGAGCCCUACAUUUAUCGAGACAUGGAAAAUGAUGGAGGGCUUGGUGGAAACUGGGAAGACGCGCUCAAUAGGCGUAUCAAAUUUUAGCAUUAAGAAUCUGGACAUUCUCCUCCAAAACGCUCGUAUAGUCCCCGUUACGAACCAAGUCGAGCUACAUCCUUGUCUUCCCCAACACGAGCUACUCAGUUAUUGCUCCUCCCGUGAUAUACUCCUUACCGCGUAUUCACCUGUCGGGAAGCAUAAAUUUGCCACUAACCCUACUGUGUUGGAGAUAGCCCAACGGAAAGAUGCGUCUGUUGCACAGGUGUUGCUUAGUUGGGGCGUGAACCGAGGGACGGCGAUCAUUCCAAAAUCGACACACGAAACACAUAUGAACGAGAAUCUGACGCUGAUUGCCCUCGAUAACAAUGACAUGCAAAUCCUCGAUAAUGUACAUCGCCAGCCGGGAAUGCAUCACAGUGUUUGCGGGUUUCAUUCUUCUGACCUGGGCGGUUCUUGUUUUGGCUGGACGUAUGACCAACUAGGAUGGGAUAUGGUAGAAGGUGGUAUCAUGCGUUCAUAACUGAACCAUUACUAUAAGUCACCGCAACCAGAAUGCCAGACCCACCCGAGCCCGAGCAAAAUGCGUCUUAAUUUGUCCUUCGUCACCUUGUACGAAAUUUUCUGUGUGGAACCGUUACGGCUUUAUUAUUUUUGGUUUUUCGCUGAGAGACUUUGUUCAAAAAAGGCGACAACAAGGUCCGAUGACAGUGGUGGGUGAGAGUGGGUGAGCCUUGAGUUGGACACUCCUUGAUGCUCGGUUACUUCUUCAAAGUCUUCAUUACUCUUUUGCGCUGUUUACAUGAGGCAAGGUCAAGAAUUAUCUCAGCAUAUGGCAUUCGAUAAGCUCCACGGGGCUUG